UUUUCAGGUAACGGUCGAAUGUUUCCAGAAUACCAACUACGAUGAGCCCAAGCAUUGGGCUUUGUAGACAUGAAGUUGUUGGGCAUAAUCGAACCAUCCAUGCAUUAAUUUGUCUUUUACUAAAUGCUAUAAAAGUGCUUUCUUCUUUUCCGCCUAUUUUGUAGAGAUUGAACUUUGCUGUUGAGACAGUGCUUUGACCUGUAAUUUUUUCGCUCUUUUCUUUUUUCCUCCUAAUAGACGGUCGCCUUGCAAUGGUUUCAGAAUCUUCAAGUAAACUUAAAGUCCUUUGUCUUCAUGGUUAUGGAGAAACAGGGAAUCUGUUCUCUGUAAAAAUGCGCGCUUUGCGUGAACAUAUGGUCAAUGAUAUCGAACUUUAUUUUCCUACUGGUCCCAUCAAACUCUCAAACGACAAAGGCCAAGUUGACUAUUCUGAUGAGGACUCUGAGGAUUCGUUACAUGUAGCCUCUACCACCUGCGGAUGGUGGAGAAUUGAUGAGUACGGGGAUUCCAAAACUUUAGAACCAAAAAUCUCAUACGAGCAUCUUGCUUCCUAUAUACGCAAGCACGGUCCUUUUGACGGUAUCAUUGGCUUCUCCCAAGGUUCAAAUUUAGCUGUCAAUCUUGCGAUGUUUGUUACCCUCCCAAAAUACCAAGAAUAUUUUGGUCAGAAGGACUUCCGAUUUGGUAUCUUUUUUAGCGGUUAUUAUCGUGCACUCUCUAUUAAUGGAGAAAUUCAUGAAAUUAAAUUAAAAAUUCCCACUCUGCAUUUCCUAGGAAAGUAUGAUAACGUUUUGUCUACCGAAAGUUCUUCGACCUUAAUCGAAGUCUGCGAAGAUUCACAAGUUCUAUUCCAUCCAGGUGCUCAUCACAUCCCAUCUCCAAGUGCUUACGUUGAGGUCACUGCUGACUUUAUUGAUUUUUUUGGCCGCGAAGAUUGGCCUGUCGUUUCAAAAAAGAUAUCUCUCAUUAUUCCCACACCUAAACCAAAUCCUCUUUCUGUCUCUCAGUACUCUAAUAUGAAUCACCCUGGAAGUAACAACAAUCAUUUAGAGAAGGAACUUAUUUCAAAAAUCGUAUCUCGAACCUCUAAGAAUGGACUUAACAUUGUUUUAAGCAAUCUUCAAACAUUCAACGAAUAUGAAGAUAUUCUAAAGAGGAGGGUGUUCUCACUUGUAAUCACUGAUGGCCAGGAGCCCCAGUCGUUUGAUGCUUCUGUUCACUAUGUUCCUACCUUCAAACAGGCGUUAAGCAUAUUGAAGGCAAGAGAGAGUUCUUUCGGUCAUGUUUUUGUUAUUGGUGAUAAAAGGUUGUUGACUCUGGGUUUAAUGUGCCGUUGCACGAAGCGCAUUAUUGCCGUAACUGGUGCCAAAGACAGAUAUCAAAUGAAUACCCCGGUAAGCAGCAUCACACACAGUGCACCUUUCUUGGAAUACAGCAAAGAAUGGUUACAGGCUAAAUCAUCACAAAUCCGACAAUGGACUGGACAAAAUAGACUGAAGCAUUUGAGUAAGGACGAAUCUGGUGAGCCGAUUACCAUGAAGUUACAAAUGUGGGAACGCUUAUGAUUGUAAUAUACAAAUUGUACUUGAUGGAUCUGUGUCCCUAGAAUCGCUGUUUACACACACCAUUCAUGCAUAGAUAAAAAGACGGACCACCGUUCAAACUCAUUGAUAUCCUGAUCCUAUAAUUAUUGUUUGACAUUUAUUCUUUUUAGUUACUAGAACGAUUUUUGAUGAAAUGACAUAAAAUAAUUCCUUUCAGCUUAAAGGCCUUUGUGCUUUUUAUUAUUAUUAACUCAGAG